AUGCUCGCAGAGAUUGCGCUCGCCACCGUGCUGAUGAAGUACUACGGCAAAGAUCUCUAUCUGGUAAUUUCAAUCUCCGUUUCAAGUGAUAGGGAAACCGGCGCAGAUGCUAAUGUCGUAGUUCCCGCGAAGUCUAGGUUCAAUGAAAUCGGAGUCCAACAACUGAGCGAUCAUGUUUAUUCCCAAGUCUUCCCCUUUAAGGCGACGCCCCCGAAUCCAAACUUGGUUUCGCUAUCAAAGGACCACCUUGCGCGACAUGAUCUGCUUGGAAAAUCCCAAGAGGCAGCAGAACCGGUUGCAUUUGACUUGCCGAAGCUCCAAGGGCAGACAUUAGACGAACAUUUUUACAAGCUGGGAAUGGAUUCGUCGGAGCCUUAUCUAACAUAUUCAAAAGACUACACCUUGGUCAGUUCGCCGUAUAUGCCGCGCAAAUGGGUCAAACGCAGUGGAUGGACGAAAUACAACAAUGACGGCUCUUCGGAAGCAGUGGAUGCGCCGAAUGAGGCGAUGCUGACAUUCGACACAGAGGUCAUGUGGAAGGAACACUCAUUUGCCGUAAUGGCCUGCGCUGUCAGUCCGACAGCUUGGUAUGCCUGGAUAUCACCUUGGCUCCUGGGCGAGUCGGAGAAUGAAGUCCAACUCAUUCCCCUGGGUGAUCCGUCGCAGCCAAGGAUUGUUGUUGGACAUAAUGUCGGUUACGAUCGUGCGCGUGUUCUUGAAGAAUAUGAUAUGAAACAGAGCCGAAAUUUCUUUAUCGAUACGAUGUCGCUCCAUGUGGCUGUGAACGGAAUGUGUUCGCAACAGAGGCCCACUUGGAUGCGACACAAGAAGAACAAAGACCUCCGGGACAGGAUUGCAAAUGAGAACAAUUCACUUGAGAUUGCAGCAUUGCUUGAAAGCAAAUCGCUCAGCGAGGAGGAGGAGGAACUAUGGGUGGGAAGGAGCUCGGUUAAUUCCCUCCGUGAUGUCGCUAAAUUCCAUUGCGAUGUGACAAUUGACAAGGCGCAGCGGGACGACUUCGGUGAGCUUAGUAGGGAAGAUAUCGAGGGAAAAUUACAGGAACUUCUCGAUUACUGUGCUGCUGAUGUCGCUGUUACUCACCGUGUGUACAAAAAGGUGUUCCCGAACUUCCUUGAAGUCUGCCCGCAUCCAGUCAGCUUUGGGGCUCUCCGACAUCUUUCCUCUGUCAUCCUGCCUGUCAACCAGACAUGGGAGGAAUACAUUACCAACACGGAAGCGACUUACCAUGGGCGUCUUGAGGAUGUGCAGCGAAGACUGGUUGAACUGUGCGAGGAAGCUUUAAAAGCCAAGGACAAACCGGAAGUAUACAUGAAAGAUCCCUGGCUACGACAACUGGACUGGUCUGGCCAGGAAAUCAAAAUGGUCAAGGGCAAGAGGAAGGGCGAUCCACCCCGACCGGUUGCAAGACAAAAGAAGCCCGGCAUGCCACAAUGGUACAAAGAUCUCUUCUCCAGCAACAAGGCAGAUAUCAACCUUACAGUACGGACACGGAUUGCGCCCAUUCUUCUCAAGCUCUCGUGGGAUGGGUAUCCCCUAACAUGGUCGGACAAGUACGGAUGGACGUUUAAGGUUCCCCGCGAGCAUAUUAGUAAAUUUGAGAACCAGCCCGUCGUUCUUUGCAAUAUGGCAGAAGAGAAGAGCCUCGAAUUACAGAAUGACAGGAAGAACGUAUAUUACAAACUUCCACAUAAGGACGGACCAGAAGCCCGGUGUGUCAACCCCCUGGCUAAAGGGUAUUCACAGUACUUUGAGCGUGGAACCCUUACCUCGCAAUAUGCCCUUGCGAAGGAAGCUUUGGAUAUGAACGCUUCAUGCUCCUACUGGAUCAGUGCUCGCGACCGGAUUAUGAGCCAGAUGGUUGUCUACGAGGACGAAGUGCGGGGAUCCAGCUCGAAGAAAGAUACCGGGAACAGGAUAGGAUUUAUCCUACCGCAAAUCAUUCCCAUGGGCACCAUCACUCGACGAGCCGUGGAAAACACCUGGCUUACAGCAAGCAACGCCAAAGAGAACCGCGUUGGAUCCGAGCUAAAGGCCAUGAUCAAAGCCCCCCCUGGAUACGUUUUUGUUGGUGCCGAUGUGGAUUCGCAGGAACUGUGGAUUGCCAGCCUCAUUGGCGAUGCUCAGUUCCAAAUCCAUGGCGGAAAUGCAAUUGGUUUCAUGACUCUAGAAGGAUCGAAAGCCGCGGGAACUGACAUGCAUUCACGAACGGCCCAGAUCUUGGGCAUAUCCCGCAACGACGCGAAGGUGUUUAACUAUGGCCGUAUAUAUGGCGCGGGAGUCAAGUUUGCUGCCACAUUACUACGUCAAUUCAACCCUUCGAUGACAGAGAAACAAACUCAGGAGGUUGCGAGCAGCCUGUAUAAAGAGACCAAGGGCACUCGCACCAGCCGUCGCCUCUUAAGUGACCGUCCUUUCUGGCGUGGGGGGACUGAAUCCUUUGUCUUCAAUAAACUCGAAGAGUUUGCCGAGCAGGAAAGACCCAAAACUCCGGCAUUGGGAGCGGGCAUUACGGAAGCCUUGAUGCGACGCUUUAUCAACAAGGGCAGUUUCAUGACAUCUCGGAUCAACUGGGCAAUACAGUCAUCCGGCGUCGACUAUCUCCAUCUCCUCAUAGUCUCCAUGGACUAUCUGAUCCGGCUCUAUAACAUCGGUGCUCGCUUGGCGAUUACAGUCCAUGAUGAGAUCCGAUACCUUGUCAAGGAAGAGGACAAGUACCGUGCGGCUUUGGCUUUGCAGAUAGCAAAUGUUUGGACCCGUGCGAUGUUCUCACAAGAGGUUGGUAUCAACGAUCUUCCUCAGGCUUGCGCCUACUUUUCGGCGGUCGAUAUCGAUCAUGUUCUCCGAAAGGAAGUAGACAUGGAUUGCGUGACUCCAUCCCAUCCCCACAAAAUCCCCCACGGCGAGACCCUUGACAUUAUCCAGCUCCUGAACAAGAACCAGGAGGCUUUUCUAGAUCCUUCUAUCAAGCCGCUAUCACCGCCGUCUCCCCAGAACUAUCCCUAUACUCCACGGAAGUCCGUGAUGUCCUCACUGCAAACGUCAAAGGAUCCCGCGUUCAUCCGAGCCCAGAUCACAAGAGAUGACAGGGAACUUCGGGAAAUCAUUAAGGAGGUUUCCAAAGCUAAACUCACCGCCAAACAGCCAGCAACUACUUCCAAGGCUCGCACGAAGUCAGCCAAUUCUCCAUCCGCACAACCUCAGAAAGCCGUCCUGGUUGACGUAGGCUCUGGCCUGUACCGUGAUUUCCAGAACCUGCCCCAGGGGGGCCGGCCUCCCAAUACAGUUGGCUUUAGUCGUCAAAAUUGGAAACCCAGGGCGUCAGCGUGA